UAAAUUAUCAUAUCUUAACUUAGAAGGCUCCAAUAACUCUAGAACGUGCCUGCCCUAUCCUUCCAAUGGGAGAUGUGGAAUGGUCGUCUCUGAAAUAGGGAGGAAAUAAGUUAGUGGAAAAGGAAGAUUCGCCGAUGCAACUUGCAUUGCUCAAAAUGAUAAUAAAUUUGGUUAAAGUCAAUCAGUCAAUGCUCACAACUUCAAGGAAAAAAACAUAUAUGAAGACCAUUGGUAGCAAUAAGACGUGAGUUGAAGGAUAAAAGGGAGUUGCAUAUUCAUCAAUCCCUUCAGAAAGAUCACAGUGAUCAUAUUCAUGGCGGCAGAUGGCGCUGUGAGCUUCUUACUCCAAAAAAUUGAUUAUUUACUCAGUCGAGAAUGGAGUCUUUUGAGUGGGAUAGAUAACGAAGUUGAUGGCUUGAAACACGAAUUUGAGACAAUUGGUGCGCUGCUUCGGGAGGCUGAUACAAAAGGAGGAAACAAUGGGCAAUUGAGGGUGUGGAUAAAACAAGUUCGCGACCUGGCUUAUGACAUCGAGGAUGUUCUUGACAUGUUUGCCUUCCGCACAGCUAAGGCAUCCAGGGCUUUUCCUAAAUUCCUUCAAUUCAUAAAGCGUCGCUCAAUUGCCAUUCUUAUCCAAGACAUCAAUACAAAGCUCCAUGGCACCAAAGAAACAAGGGAAAGAUACCGUGCCAUCAGUUCGUCUGAUCAAAUCUCAAUCUCAGGCUUCGAUCCUGAAAAUAACACCUACCUUCAUCCUAGACUUGCCUCUUUGUACAUGGAUGAAACUGAUAUUGUGGGGAUUGAAGAACCUAGAAAUAGGUUGAUGGCAUGGGCGGUUGACAAAGAACCAAAACUAAAAGUCAUGUUUGUGGUCGGCAUGGGUGGAUCUGGAAAGACACUUCUCGUCAAAAAAGUGUUCGAGGAACUUAAAUCUAGCUUUGAUUGUUCUGCUUGGAUUCCUCUGUCAAAGUCCAAUAAGAAAGAGGAGCUCUUGUUGACGAUGAUGAAGCGGUUUUUUGAUUCUACACAUGGACGACUUCCACCAGAAUUUUUCACCACCAGUCUGAUCCAGCUGAUGGAUAAACUGAGGGGAUAUCUUCAAAACAAACGGUACCUUAUAGUCUUUGAUGACUUAUGGAGCAAAGAUGUGUGGGAAUCCAUCCAAUAUGCAUUGCCAAAUCAAAACCGUGGUAGAAUUAUUAUCGCCACACGAAGAGGAGACAUAGCUCGUUUGUGUAGUCAUAACUCUUCUGUCAGUGUUUACAACCUACAACCUCUGUCUUCAGACAAUGCUCAACAGCUGUUCUAUAAGAAGGUUUUCCCAUUAACCAAUGAAUGCCCCAAGGGUUUGGUCGAAUGGUCGAGAAAACUCUUGCAUCAAUGUGAGGGAUUGCCCCUCGGAAUUGUUUCAAUAGGCAACCUUUUAUCAAAUACUGAUAAAACAGCAGAUGAAUGGAGGAAAUUACAUGACAGCCUUGGAUCAGAACUGGAAAGUGAAGGUCGUCUUUCAAUCACAUCGAAUGUACUGUCUGUUAGUUAUAAUGAUCUUCCUUACUAUCUAAAAUAUUGCUUGCUUUACUUUAGCAUCUUUCCUGAAGGCUACACAGUUAACCGUAGAAAACUGAUUCGAUUAUGGAUAUCAGAGGGACUCAUAAAAGAAGUGGUAGGAAAAUCACUUGAAGAAGUCGCGGAGGACUACCUUAAAGAGCUUAUCCAGAGGAAGCUGGUUCUGGUGAAUGAAAUUGACUUUGAUGGGCGUGCGAGAAACUGCCGGGUUCAUCAUCUUCUGCAUAAAAUCAUACUAUCAAAGUCGCAUGAGGAAAACUUUUGUCGAGUUUCUACUGGACCAGAGAUGAGCUUCAACGAGAAAGUUCGUCGCCUAUCCGUUCACAAGACAUGCAGUAAUAUGUUGGGAAAGAAAUUUUCUCGUGGUCGUUCCUUGUUCUUGUUUGGAAUGGAAAUGUUGACCCACUCCAUCAGCCAAACCAUUUUGUCAGGUUUUAGCAUAUUGAAGGUUUUGGAUCUUGAAGGAGCACCUUUGGACAAAUUUCCCAAUGCAAUUACCCGUCUUAUCCUUUUAAAGUACUUGUCCUUGAAAAACACAAACAUUAGAAAGCUUCCAAAGUCCAUCAAAAAGCUUCAAAACCUAGAGACGUUAGAUCUCAAGCAAACUUUUGUCAUGGAGCUACCAAAAACGAUCAUCAAACUUGAGAAACUACGCCAUCUGCUCGUCUACCGUUACGACGCAAAGAACCAAGUAAGCAUCUUAUUACAAGGUUGCAAGGCCUGCAGAAGAAUUGGGGGGCUACUUUCCCUGCAGAAACUGUCAGUGAUAAAGGCCAACGGAGAUGAUGGAAUGAUAAAGGCACUGGGAAACCUGACACAGCUGCGGAAGUUGGGGAUUAUUGACCUGAAAGAUGGGGAUGGGAAACAUUUGUGCCUCUCCAUUGCCAAUAUGAACAAUCUUCAAUCUUUGCAUGUAGCCUCAAUUACGCAAGACGAAUUUCUAGACCUAAAUGCAAUGCCUGCUACUCUUCCAAAGCUUCUUCAACGUCUGAGUUUGAAGGGGCGCUUGAAAAAGUUACCUGACUGGGUACCCUCCUUACAUGACUUGAUCAGGAUUCGCUUAAAGGGGUCCAAGUUAGAAAGCAACCCAAUCGAUGCCCUUGAAGAUCUUCCUAAUCUAAUGGAGCUCCAACUUCUUGAUGCGUAUGCUGGGAAUCAGUUAGUUUUUCGACCAGGAAAGUUUCAAAAUCUGAAGAUUUUGGAGCUGGAGAGUUUGAUCGCCCUGGAAUUCGUGAUAAUGGAACAAGGUGCUCUGCCUUCCCUUGAAAAGUUGAUCACAAGACGGUGCCAAAAGCUGAAAAUGAUUCCAAGAGGGAUUGAUAAGCUGUUACAACUACGAGAGUUCCACCUGUAUGAUAUGCCCGAGAAACUGGUAAAUGGGCUGCAAAAGAAUAGUGGUGAGUUCCGUCAACUUGUUCGCCACAUUCCUCUCAUUACUUCUUAUUCUCUUGAGAGCAGUGGGUAUUGGAAGGCUAAAGAUCUUUCAUGAUUCACCAUUCAUGUUGACUUCAAAGGCUAGUCCAAUUAUUCCAUUUAUAUAGAUGCUAAAUCUUAGGCUUAUUUGGUUUUUUUUUUUUUUUUUCUUUGUUAUUUACUUUAUUGCUUUUGGAUUCUCAUAUAAAUAAAACAAUUAAAAAGUUUAUUUUUUGGAUACAAAUGUAAAAAUAGUAUUGUCUCCUGUGUUUGUAAAAAGGAAAAUACGAAAAUGCAAAAAUUGUUUAUCAGAUAAUAGAUACGGGCAUUCAUCAUCAAGAUGAGUGUAGUUAUUUCAA